AUGAAAAAAGCUGGCGAGUAUGCUGGCCUAAAAAUUGCAAGAUUCAUACAUGACACCUCUGCAUCUUGUUUCCAAUAUCUUUGGAAGGAACAUGGAGAGAGGAGGGUUUUCCUAUUUGACUUGGGAAGGAGUGGAUGUUCUGCAUCGAUAAUGAUUGUAGAAAGUGACAUUUUUGAGACUAGAACGAGUGAAGGAUUCUCUAAUGUUGGAGGAUCAUUAUUGGACGAAAGUCUGGUUAAUUAUUGUUGUGAACAAUUUUACAAAUCAUUCAAAAAACAUUUACAAGAAAAUCCAAUUUCAAUGAGGAGACUGAAUUUGGCAUGUGAAGAAGCAAAGAAGAGACUUUCGAAUGAAUUAGAAACAAAAAUCAGUCUUGAAUCUCUUAUGGAUGGAAAUGAGUUUGAGAUUACAAUAACCAACACGGCUCCUCCACAGCCAAAGCGCACUCGUAAAAAGAAGGCCGAUAUUAAGAAGAGCAUGGUGAAUGCUAAUGCAUCAACAACAUUCAAAGCUGCAUUGAAUGUUGUUGUGCAACAUGCAUCUGCAUCAUCAAAUGUUGCUCACAAGCAGACUUCUGCAAGCACCACCACAACAGGUAAAGCAACAUCUAAAAAUUCAAAUCGUAGGAAAAGAGCAAAGAAACAAGCACCUCCACAACAACCAGAAUCAACUCCACCAUCUGUGUCCAAUAAUAAUAAUGAUGGCACAAGCAUGAAUGCUCUCCUUUUGGAUGAGAACAGAAAGAGAGAUAUUAUUCAUUUUGUCACAUCUACUUUGGAUGUGCCAAGAAAGAUGGAUACCAAGAAACUUCUCAAAAUGGUUCACAAAAGAUUCAAGUUGAAUUAUUCACAAUUGAGUCCUCAAAUGUUGGUUUAUCAAAUUUUACAUCCCACUUUAUUUUUCUAUCAGACCCUUGAAAAGGAAACUCUUGAGGGUGGUUCUGUAAAGAAGGUUUUCACUCUUCAUUAUGAUCCAGACAGAAUUUACAAAUUACCAAAUUUGAAGAAGAGAAAAUAUAGACAUGUUUGGAGAUUUAAUAAUGUCAAAUCUGGAAAGAGACCUUUGGGGGAUGGAAUGAAAUUCCAAAAACCAUUGGAAGCUUAUGAACUUCCUGAUAAGAUUAAGAAUCAAACACUUUAUGCACCAAGUAAUUUAAUUAGACAAACUUUGAGACAACUACACACUACAUGCACUGAAAAACUUGAUUAUGAUGUAGAGCAUCAUGAAAGAGCUGAUGUUAGAGAGGAAGCAAAGGUCUUAAAAGAAGCAUGUGAAGCAUUUCUUUUAAGUAAAUACGACUAUUUAAUUGCAUACGAAUAUCAUCUUCCUUCUCAUUACAAAGGAGAUGUAAUUCUUGCUAAACUUCGUAAUGAUGGAAAGAUUGAUAUUUUGGCAUUGGAAGCAAAGCAUAUUAACUAUUCACCAGAUGUGGUUUGGAGAAAUCAAAAACGAAAACUUCAAAAACUCAGAGAACAAGUUACGAGAUGUGGCAACAAUGCCUCUCACUAUUUGACUGAAAUUCUUGAAUGGGAUACAGAUUCGAUUGGUACAAUCAAACCAUUUGGAGUUUACAAUGGCCAAAAUGGAGAGCUCAGAGAUCACACAAAGGAUCUCAUUGAACCAGAACAUUUUGAGCAAACAACAAGAUUGGAUUCAGAAGUACCUGUAACAAGCACUACUACUAACCAAGGAAAUGGCUCAUUCUGGGGAGCACUUGCUGUUGUUGGGGCAGUUUCUUUAGGAGCCAUGUAUGUAGCUACCAAUAAUAAUAACCCUCCCAAUCAACAACAACAACAAAUUCAACAACAAGGAAGAAGAAACAAUGAAAAUGAAGAAAGCCAACAAGAAUGCUUAAUUAUGUAA